AUGUUGAAUCAUCAUCAUCAUCACGAUGAAGCACGAAAAUCAACAGCAAACAUGGAUACCUCAACCAAUCAGCACGAGGACGACAGUGAUCCUUCUCAUCAACAGCAUAACCGAAAAUUAUAUAUAACCACCUCAUCAUCAUCAUCAUCAUCAUCGGGUUCUUCCAAAAAGAAGAAGAAGAAGAAGAAGGCUCUUUCUGUGGUUGCUGCAGCAGCUCCUACCAGUAAUCAAGGAGGCUCUUCCUCUGCAGUAAUUAUACAUCAUCACCAAGACGAUGACGAUGAAGAGGAACAAGGUUAUACUUCACUUCAGGACGCUGUCGGAAGGCCUCAUCAUCCAUUCAAUUCUCAACAACAUAAUAAUAACGACACGAUGAAUCAUCACACAUUCAAUUCCCAACAUCAUCACCGUAAAAGCAAUUCUCAAGAACGAAAUAAUGUGUCAAAACCUUCUUCCCGUAAUAAUAAUAUUCUCAUGGAUGAAUAUCACAACAUCAAUGAAUCCAGCUUAACCGUGGCGGUAGUCGGAGAGGUUGAUAAAUCUCAUUCAUAUCCUCAUGACAUCUCGCCACCUCUUCCUGUUACUCUUCAAUCUUCAUACUUUACCAAUGCAGAUAAUAAUAACGCCUCUACAAACUCAACAAUAACACAAACCUCCACAUCUCGACGAUUGUCCACAAUUGGUUCAAAUACUAAUGACAUUCCAACAGCUGGACCUCCCACCUCUCCAACUAUGUUACGAGUUUAUGAACAGGAAGAUGAAAAAUUUAAUUAUCAUGCAAUUAAUGCCAUGAGGCAGCUCUACGUGGAAGGAGCAAAAGAAAAAAAAAGCUUUUUCAAAAGUGGAGUUGAAGAUGAGGAACUUUCUGGUGGAUUAUUAAUUACAGCAAGUAGGUCUAAUCAAGAAUGUCACACACAUUCCACUUGGAUUGAUCCCUCUGAAUAUGUACAUAAUUUUCACAAAUUGUCCAAAGAUGAAAUUGGAAUUAUUGUUUCGUUCAUGCCCAUGCAUGACAAUUUAAACUUUGGCUUAACGUGCAAAGAAUAUUAUUACAUGUCAAUACAAGACAGAUUUUGGAAAUGUUACAUCAUGAAACUCUCAGCGCGAGAGCGAAAGGAAAUGCAAACUGUCUUUUAUCAAUUGGAUAUUGACAAUAGUGAAUAUAAUUACAAUUUCAGCGACGCAGACAACAUUUAUACACCACUAAAUUCUUUCAAGAAGAAGAGCUCCAAACAAAACUCCAAGUCGACUGCACCAGGACGUGGCUUUUUUAGCAUUUUCUGGAGAAGUAACAAUACCAGUAAUAACAAUACUGUUGUUCGAGACGAUGAUAGUCUCAAUGAGGCGGGUGAUUCCCUAACGAUAGAGGAUGAUUUGGUUUUCAGUGAGGAAGAUUUACAUUCCAUUCAAAUCGGAUCCAUCAAUGACAAUGUAACCAAGAUGAUUCACAGUCGUCGAUCGUCGAGCUCAUCAAACAAAUCCAAUGCCAGUGGAUUUUUUUCGAAAAAGAGUGUCGAAAGCUAUGGAUCUGUCUCACAAAAACGAUUACCUCUCAAACAUCAAUACAUACUCUACAAACAACACUCCAAAACGGUGAGAAAAAAAGAGAGAGGAAAACGAGCGGAGGAUCGAAUUGAUGAUCUUCUCAGUAAGCGGUGCCAACCGUGUCUGUAUUUUCAACUCUGUAUGCUCUCAUUUGUGACAUUGGUUUUUAUCACUCUGAGCUUGGUUUUUGGAGGGCUGUAUUUUGAUGGCUCUAUUGCAAAGGAACAAGCAGAUGCCCUAAUUGGUGUGAGCCCUGUGGGAUUUUCAUUCCUCUGGCUACCCAUAUUUUUUGUGUUUAUAUUAUCCACGUAUUUAUUUCUUGGAUGGAUUCCAUAUUUUUCCAAUUGCUGCUUAGCCCUUUAUCGAAAACACCAAAUUAAGGCAAGCGAUGAAAGAAAGAGUUUAUUGCGCCCUAACGAAGAUACUGAUUCUGAUGCUGAAACGAGUAUUGCCCUAGUUAUUUUACGACGACUAUUCUUCUCACCAGAAAUGCAAAACAACGUAAACGAGUCCAAUUACCAGUUACUGCUGUGUUUACCUUCUCAAUUUAUGUGGUUUUCAGUAUUGAUAUUUUGUGUUGCUUUACAUUUGGUGGCAUUUGAUGGACAAGCUACAUGGCGAUUUUUCUUUAUACCUGUAUAUAUAUUUAUAUUUAUUGCUGCUAUGGAUUUUACUUAUCGAUUACUACAAGUGUGGAAAUUGAAAGCUCCCAAUAAGCGUACUUGGGGGAAAUUAUUAACCAUUAUUUAUCUCGCCAUUAAUGUGAAUAUGAUUUACUUGUCAGGAACCUCCUCACUGUUUUUAUCGAGCUUGAAAAUGGAUCAUCUACCUUUCAUGAAAAUGGUGGAAUGGAGUGUGGUCUUGUCACCCUCUUUUCUCUGCCUUUUACUGUUGCAUACCAACAUUUCUCUCAUUCCCUUCUAUACGACCAAGAUAUUUUACAAUGGUUUUCAGUCGCAGACAAGAACUAUUUUAGCCAUUCUUUCGCCUUUCCCUCUGACUGUGAUUGUAUUGAGUCCGUUCACUUGUUCUCUUAUUUUGCUUGCAUUGAGAUUGGAUUUAAUUGUUACCUUUAGAUAUGUCUUGGUGUUGGCUCCUCUCUAUUGUGGAUUGUCCAUUUACAUGAUCAUUAUUGGAAUUUAUAGCAUUGUGAAAAUGUUUAAAUCUUUUUGUUGUAAAUAA